GCGAAAGAAAUGGGGAUGAAAUCCAAGGCCAAGCUGUACAAGGACAGGGCGGCAAGCAACGGAGACGGCGGCGGCGGCGGUGGAGGUGGCGGACAAGCCCCGCCGCUUGCGCCGUCGCCCUCCCUCGACCCCGCGGCGCUCUCCACCUCGCCGCUCCCGUUUCAGCCGCCGCGGCUGACCCCCAACGUCAGGUGCACGUAUGAAGGAGAUGAUGACGAUGAUUGGCCCGAAGACGAUGGAACGGAUUUGGAGGCGGUGCAAGAGGAUGAGGACGAAUUACCAGAUGAUGAGAAAUUCUACAUUCCGUUGUUCAUGAGCGAUCAAAAGAAGAACCUCCCGCGUGAUCUUUUUCGGCAUGACUCGGUGCCGCUCGACAAAAAUGAAUAUUUCUCUCUGCGGAAAAACUGGAAUCAGCUGCUGGACGGCAAGAGAACAUACCUCCGACCACCGGGGGACCGCCGUGUUCUCAGUGCCAGUGGUGUUUUCCGGCGGCCGUUAGCUCGUCCAUGGACAUUAGAAUUCCAGGAACCACUCUUGGAUUUGGUUCAGGAUUAUCCAGAUAAUGACAAUGUCCAGGAAAUUAUCAAGAUUCUUUGUCAGCGCUAUGUGCACUUGAGACGAACUCGCGGAGAUGGCAGCUGUUUCUACAGAGCUUUCCUUUUCUCCUACUUGGAAAAUCUUGGACAAAUGCAAGAUAGUCAAGCUGAAGUUACUCGUCUAAUGGAACAUGUGGCAGUGUCCAGAGAGAAUUUCUGUCGUCUGAAAUGGGACAAAGCAUACUUCUUAAAUCCUGAAGAAUACUUUUCAAGUGUUGCUUCUGAGUUGAAUCAUUUGGUCAAUUCUGUUGCAAAUGGUCUUAGUUCUGACGAGCUGUACAAGAGAAGUCGACAGGAGAUCAUGCCACUCAGGAUUAUUUCUUUUCUUAGGUUGCUGGCAGAGACUGAGAUCCGUACGCGAAUAGAUGAUUACAAACCAUUUUUCCGUGGAAAGAUGAAUGUCAAUCAGUAUUGCUGGAAGGAGGUGCGUCCCCUGAAUGUUAAAGCAUCGCCGCUAGCAAUGAGGGCUCUAACAUAUGCACUUGGCAUCCCGCUGCGACUCGAAACUCUAGUCGGAGGCUUGACGGCUGGAGGUUUGCAAGUAAAGCGCUUUGAUUUCUUCCCUCGAUCAGAAUCAGGGAAGGGUGCAUUCCGUAUAGUUCAAAGCUAUUGGUCGUCAACCACAACCCCUGAACCACUGGAGCUGGGAAGUGGCAACCUGUUAUCAUCUGAUGGCACACCUUUGCUGACCUUGCUGUAUAUGCCUGACAACUGUGACAUUUUGUAUCGCAAGUGAACAAAUGGUGCAAGUAUUGCUAAACAUACACGUCACAGCAGCAUGGCUUGUACGCCAAGGAGUCUAUCACGGUGGUUAUAGGAUCUAGUUUAACCUUUCAUAAUCUUGUAUUUGGUUGUAACUAGAUUAGCUCUAUCUCUACUUGCCUUGAUCUCCAAGAUGUAACUUAAACCAUGUAUGCGCUAUCCAGGGUUCGGCGCCCCUACCUAUAACAUGCAACACGUCCCCUCACAUUGAGGUAAGACGUUUUCCGCCA